AUGCUCCGAACCAUCACGUUGGGCGACUUGCAUCGCCGACCAGAUCAGCUGAUUCAUGUCCUGGGCCAGAUCUUCCUGUUGUCGACCAAAGGACAAAUGACAGAUUGGGUGGACGCCCUGGAACAAGGCAGAAAAGAUUAUACAGAGCGCAGUCGUCAUUUUCUCAAGUUUAUUCGGCAUCCUGAAGCUCUCACGGAGCUCACCGUUGAUCCGCUUGCCGAUGAUCCUGAUUCACCGUGGAACACAUUACGGCAGGAUGAGAUAAUCCGCACAGAGAUUCAACAGGAUGUUCAGCGUCUCCCGGAUGAAGUCAAUUAUCAUAAGAGCACCGUUCAAGCCAUGAUUUUGGACGUUUUGUUCGUCUACUGCAAGGUCAACCCCGACAGAGGCGGAUAUCGCCAAGGCAUGCACGAGCUUCUUGCACCGAUAAUUUAUGCCCUCCAACACGAUUCAAUCGACGCAAAGGCUGCUGGUAAUGAUGCACAUGCCCGUGAACAAAUGCUGCAUGUUUUGGAUUCAGACUUCGUAGAGCAUGACGCCUACAUCAUGUUCUCAAAGCUCAUGGAGCAGGCACAGUCAUUCUAUGAGGUCACGGAUGGAAGCACCCCCUCGAGUCAUGGCACUCAACCAGUGAUUUUGCAGGAGCAGCGAUCUGCAAUUGUCGAUCGAAGCAAGUUCAUCCACCAAGUUUGCCUGCAGAAAGUCGACCCGGAACUCGCUGCUCAUCUCACAAAUAUAGACGUCUUGCCCCAGAUCUUUUUGAUUCGAUGGAUUCGACUAUUAUUCAGUCGCGAAUUCCCAUUAGAGCAGCUUCUUGUGUUAUGGGAUACUAUAUUUGCAGUGGAUUCCUCACUGAAGCUGAUAGAUCUAAUCUGUGUUGCCAUGCUGGUCCGUAUUCGCUGGCAGUUAUUGGAGGCCGAUUAUACUGUUUGUCUACAACUUCUUCUCAAGUAUCCCCCUCCAGAACAACCCAAUGGGCCGCAUACAUUUGUCGAUGACGCCAUGUAUCUACGAGACCAUUUAGACCCUACAGGUGGAUCAAGUCUCAUCAUGAAGUAUUCUGGAAAGAUUCCCAAUAGCCACAAUGUCGUCAAACCGAUUCGGCCAAGUAGAGAUGCUGGCCCUGAGCGGACCGGCCGUCAACCUAAAUCACCCUCCAGGCUGACUCAGCACCCACCCAGUAUGGAGGCCUUCUUCCAAGGAGCAGCUAGAAGUGCCAACCGUGUUUUGGAAAGAAGCGAAAAACUGGGCAUCAGUCAAGCAGUCCGUGAUGCCAUGGGGGAAAUCCGACGCAACGUGCAAAGCUUUAAUGAAGCCCGGCAGGCACAAAGGUCCCCGACACAUAUUGUUAGCGACGAAGGCGUUUCCAAGGCAUUGGCAGCUAUGGAACGACGCAACAAAGAGCUGGCCAGCCUGCUGAACGAUACAGUCACGAACCUCAAGACGGUAUCCCUGUCGGAGUUUGGAGAUAAAGCCAAGAGCCUUGAACUCAUCGAGGUCGCAGCUGCCAAGAUUCAGUUUGUGCAGAUUUAUCUAGAAGACUCCACCAUGGAUGUCCCCGUCUUCUCAACACCAAGAAACGAACACCCAUCGUUGGUAGAAAGGAGUUACGAGGCAGCCGAGAAGAACACGGAGGCCAAGGCGACAACAGCAAGCGGAACACCCCCCAUCACGCCGGCAGCUCCAUCCAGCCCACCAGCGCCGGACGUUUUGAGACUCGCAAUAAACGAAGAGAAGCAUGAUUCUGGAAAGGACAUUACAGAUCUGGGGAAAACGGAGACAGGCGGAGGCGACCAAUUCAGAGAAGCGUCCCACUCUGACCCCCCGGGAAACCAUGUUGUCCAAGUUAGGCCUGCUCCCGUCCCAACCCGCUCAACGCUUGCCCAAUCAUCCUUCUCUUGGAUGUUGGAACCAGACGAGACGGCAUCCUUUCGCGCCCCGGCAACGAGCAAGUCCUCAGCUACGCAGCACAGUAAGAAGCAUUCGAGUAACCUCAGCCGGGAAAGGAAUGCAUUUUUAUUCGGCGAGAUAGCCGCCGAUGCGGCAAAUGGGAACCCCCCCCUAACAACGGAUGACAUAUUUGGCAUGGAGCCUAUAGCGACGCCCAAGGGAAAGGCGCAUGGCUGCUUUCAUGACGAAUAA